AUGGUUAAUCAAUUCACAAUCAACGUGGUGAACAACUCUGGCAGCCAGCAGAACUAUGCCUUCUUCACCGAGAUCCCCAAAAUCACAGGCAAAGUCCAAAAUAAGAUCUGGCAAAAUGUCUUCGUCAACAAAGGUGCAGCCGACAGCCAGACGGUCUCUGUCAACAUAUUCGAGCGCAAGUCUCUUCAUUUUCCAGUGUCGCGGUCACUCUCCUCUCAGGGUACACCUGCCGAUGGAGUAACCGUUUCCGUAGCAGGCAUGGCCCCGGUCACCCUAGGCAUCCAGAACGCGGACGGAACGCAGGUUCCGGGAACGACAUUGCCGUUCACUGUUGUCGACCAGGUUCCUCAAUUCGGCCCGAAGACGGCUGACAGUUCAUUCGUCAAUGCCUUCGAGAUCGACACUGAUGGAAGCUUUACUACCAAAGAUGCGCAAAACAACCAUUACGUGGUUGGCUUGGGCGGCUCCGCCGGCGGGGGAAAGACUGGACCGACAGUGACCUUCGUUCCAGAGCCCCAUGUUCAAUAUCAAAUCCAGCCAACCAACACCUAUUGGGUCACAUUCGGUGACUACACGCCAGGCAACAUCAUCGAUGUCACCAAGAUCGGCAUGAAGGUCUCCGUUGACUUCACCAAACUCCCGAACAACGUGACCAUCAAGCACGACGAGCAUGGCAACCUUACCGUUCAGAAGAGUUCUUGA